UUCAGGUUUUAUAGUUUACUAGCUCAUAAUUAUUAUCUGCUAUUGUUUUAAAUGCCGACGUCCCUACUUCUCUCGCGUUUGUAGGUAUUGAAGCCUAAUGUAGCUGCGUGUUAUUUGGUCUCGUCCGCUCGCUCAGGACACGUUCCCACGCGCUACAGCGCCACAUGACGCACGCGGGGAAUACAGAGAGAUUUCUCUUCUGAUUUAUGUAUUUAUUUUUUGGAAAAUGCUGUUUUCAAAAGAAACACCAUGGAGGCGAUUAGAGGGCAUGUCGUUUGGCUUGUUCUCCGCCGAUGAAAUAAGGAAGCUGAGCGUGAAAAGUAUCACUAAUUCCCAGCUGUUGGAUAAUGUGGGCAAUGCCGCCGCUAACGGGCUGUAUGACCUGGCGCUGGGUCCAGCUGAUAACAAGGAGAUCUGCUCCACCUGCAUGCAAGACUACACCAGCUGUCCUGGCCACUUUGGUCUCGUAGAUCUGCCCCUUCCCGUCUACAACCCUAUGUUUUUUGAUAAAUUAUAUUUGCUCAUCCGGGGUUCAUGCCUGGGAUGCCAUAUGUUGAAGUGUCCCAGAGCGGCUGUUCAUUUACUGCUGGGCCAGCUGAAGCUCCUGGACGUGGGUGCGAUGAAGGAGGUGUAUGAGCUUGAGAACGUUCUCAGUCAGUUGGUGGAGGUCAAUGCUAAGCCGUCUGGAAUAGAAAUCCAAGAAGCUCUGGAGGCGUUCAUUACACCCAUUCUUAAAGCCAGUGACGACAAGCAGCACACUGCCCCUAUCAAACAUAUCUGUGAGAAAAAGUCCAGUCUCAUUAACAGUUUCUGGAGAGUAUACAUGGGCCCGAGGAAAUGUCCGAAUUGCAGAGCCAGUAGAGUGACUGUGCGCAGAGAACACAACAGCAAACUCAUCAUCAUACAUGGAUCAUCCACAGCAAGCACAGAAAAGGACGAUGAUUCACUGAUUACCAAACGUGGAUUCUUGACACCAAGUUUGCUACGCGAACACGUCAUCAAACUCUGGGAGAAAGAAGGUUUCUUCCUGAAGCAUCUGUUCUCAGGGUUUGACAUGAACAACUCAGAGAAAGGCUUCAGUCCUGAAGUUUUCUUUUUGGAGUUGCUUGUUGUUCCUCCAUGCAGGUACAGGCCUGUUAAUCGUUUGGGAGACCAGAUGUUCACCAACGGACAGACCGUGAACCUCCAGGCCGUGUUAAAGGAUAAUUUCAUCAUUCAGAAACUGCUUGCACUAAUCGCUGAUGAGAAGACCAACGCUACUGAAGACACACAGACAGAGAUGGAGCAGUCCAGUGAAUCUACAGAGAUCAGUCAGAAAGAUCAGACCUUCUUAACGGGAAUCCAAGGGCUGACUCUCACAGACAAGCUCUAUAACAUGUGGGUCCGCCUGCAGAGUCACGUCAACAUCGUGUUUGACAGCGACAUGGACAAACUGAUGACUGAGAAGUUCCCAGGCAUCCGUCAGCUCUUGGAGAAGAAAGAGGGUUUGUUCAGGAAACACAUGAUGGGAAAGCGUGUGGAUUACGCUGCACGCUCAGUCAUUUGUCCUGAUAUGUACAUCGGAACCAAUGAGAUUGGAAUACCAAUGGUUUUUGCUACCAAGUUGACGUACCCACAGCCGGUGACACCCUGGAACGUGAAGGAACUCCGGCAGGCAGUGCUGAAUGGACCCAGCAUCCACCCUGGAGCCUCCAUGGUCAUUAAUGAAGACGGGUCCCGAACCAUCCUCAGUAGCAGCAACCUGACCCAGAGAGAAGCCGUGGCCAAACAGCUCCUGACCCCCAGCACCGGCCAGCACAGGAUACCCAUGAAGAUUGUAAAUCGGCACAUCAUUAAUGGGGAUGUGCUGCUGUUAAACCGUCAGCCCACUCUCCACAGACCAUCAAUUCAGGCCCACUGUGCUCGCAUCCUGCCCGGAGAGAAAGUGCUCAGACUACAUUAUGCCAACUGUAAGGCCUACAACGCUGACUUUGAUGGUGACGAGAUGAACGCUCACUUCCCUCAGAGUGAGCUGGGCAGAGCUGAGGCCUACACGCUAGUGAGCACAGACCAGCAGUACUUAGUGCCUAAAGAUGGGAAGCCAUUGGCCGGCCUGAUUCAGGACCACAUGGUGUCUGGCGCCAGCAUGACCAUCCGUGGCUGUUUUUUCACACGGGAUCAGUACACUGCACUAGUCUACAGAGGCCUGACGGACAAGAUCGGCAGAGUGAAGCUCCUGCCUCCCGCUCUCUUUAAACCCUUGCCUCUCUGGACAGGAAAGCAGGUGGUGUCGACCCUUUUGCUGAAUGUCAUCCCAGAAAACAGCAUCCCUUUAAACUUGAUGGGAAAAGCAAAGAUUCCCAGUAAAGCCUGGGUGAAGGAACCUCCCAGAGCUGUUCCAGGAUACAAGCCGGAAACUAUGUGUGAAUCUCAGGUGGUCAUUCGUCAGGGAGAGCUCUUGCUGGGAGUUCUGGAUAAAGCCCACUAUGGCAGCUCAGCGUACGGUUUGGUCCACUGCUGCUACGAGCUCUACGGAGGAGAGACCAGUGGCAAACUGCUCAGCUGUCUGGCACGGCUCUUCACUGCCUACCUGCAGCUUUACCGCGGUUUCACCUUGGGUGUGGAAGACAUUCUAGUAAAAGAUGGAGCCAACAAACAGAGAAGGAAAAUUAUCCAAAAGUCAGUCACAUGUGGCUCCAAGGCUCUCCAGGCUGCGUUUAACCUGCUUGCGGCUGCUGGAGACACUGAAGCCAGAGAACGCUGGCAAGACGCACAUCUGAACACAGACCAGAGAGAUUUCAACAUGGUGGACCUGAAGUUUAAAGAAGAGGUCAAUCAAGUGAACAACAACAUCAACAAGGUGUGCAUGCCGCUGGGUCUCCACCGCUCCUUCCCAGAAAACAACCUACAGCUGAUGGUGCAGUCAGGAGCCAAGGGUUCAACUGUAAAUACUAUGCAGAUCUCCUGUUUAUUGGGUCAGAUUGAGCUGGAGGGUCGCCGGCCACCACUGAUGCCUUCUGGGAAGUCUCUGCCCUGCUUUCAGCCCUAUGAACCUCAGCCGCGAUCCGGAGGAUUCGUAACUGGCAGAUUCUUGACGGGGAUCAAACCUCCUGAGUUCUUUUUUCAUUGUAUGGCUGGUCGUGAAGGUCUUGUGGACACUGCUGUCAAAACCAGUCGAUCUGGUUAUUUGCAGAGGUGUGUGAUCAAGCAUCUAGAAGGUCUGGUGGUCCAGUAUGAUCUGACUGUGCGAGACAGUGAUGGAAGUGUGGUCCAGUUUCUUUAUGGAGAGGACGGCCUGGACAUCCCCAAGACCCAGUUCCUACAGCUGCAGCAGUUCCCUUUCAUCAAAGACAACUACGAGGUUAUCAGAAAGUCAAAGUGCUUGGAUGAAGUUCUGGCUAAAAUGGACCCAGAGGCAGCAUUUAAUCACUUUAAAGCCAUUAAGAGAUGGAAAGCCAAACAUGAGCGUGUUUCACCCAGAGACGGUGCCUUCCUGCUCUUCUCACAGAAGAAACUGAGCAAGUUGAAGUCUCAAAUCGAAGACCAGACACUGGCCAAUGGGAGAGAGCCAGCCACUCUACAGCUCUUGGAGAAUUGGAGAGCUCUGGAUGAGUCUGGCCAUAAGAAGUAUUUAAAGAAGACGUCUCAUUGUCCAGACCCGUGUCUGGGUCUUUACCGGCCGGACAUCUGCUUUGGUUCAGUGUCUGAGACCUUUGACUCCAUUGUUGAGUCCUACAUGGAUCAGUUCAAUGUCAAGCAGGAAUUUCAGACCUCCUCUGAAAUCAUUGACACGGAUAGAUUGAGGCAUCUCCUGCAGCUGAAGUGGCAGCGAUCUCUGUGUGACCCCGGAGAGGCCGUGGGUCUGCUGGCAGCUCAGAGCAUUGGCGAGCCGUCCACCCAAAUGACCCUCAACACCUUCCACUUCGCCGGCAGAGGAGAGAUGAAUGUCACAUUGGGUAUUCCAAGAUUAAGAGAAAUACUCAUGGUUGCGAGCUCUAACAUCAAAACCCCCAUGAUGAGCAUUCCAGUUCUGAUGAACAAGAAAGCCUUGAAACGUGUUAAGACGCUGCGGAAGAAGAUAACGCGUGUGUGUUUGUCAGAGAUCUCAAAUCUUAUUCAUGUAAAAUCCUGUGUCUGUGAUAUGACCCUUCAGGUAGACUAUGAGAGUGAGGAGGGAGAGGAGGCCAUCGAUGAGGAACUGGAGGAUGUGGUCGAGGGCGGACAGGAAGAGGCAGAUUCUCAGGAGAACUCUGAGGAAGGGUCUGGUGAAAGCCAACCAGCAGACCAGCCUCAGAGUCCUGUCAUUCCUGAAGAGCUCGAGGGAGCUUCACAGGACUCCAUGAGGAUCAGCACUGUGCUUCAGUUAAGCUCCGCCAUUGAGGACUACAAAUAUGACACCAAAAAUUGGCUAUGGUGUGAGCUAACUAUGGUCCUACCCCUCACUAAAGUGCACUUUGACCUCACGUCAGUGGUGGUGAAGCAGGCUCAGAACGCUGUCAUCAUGGAGACCAAGGGUAUCACGCGCUGCUUGUUAAAUGAAGUCACCAUAAAGGAGGGCAAAAAACAGAUGGUGCUCAACACAGAGGGCAUCAACAUGCAUGAGAUGUUCAAACAUGCUGAUAUCCUGGACUUGAACAGGUUAUACUCCAACGAGGUUCAUGCUAUGGCCAGCACGUACGGUAUUGAGGUGGCCCUCAGAGUCAUUGAGAAGGAGAUUAAAGAUGUGUUUGCUGUCUAUGGUAUUGAGGUGGACCCGCGCCAUCUCUCUCUAGUGGCUGACUACAUGUGUUUCGAGGGGGUGUACAAGCCUCUAAACAGAUUUGGCAUUCAAUCCAACAGCUCCCCGCUGCAACAGAUGACCUUUGAGACCAGUUACAAGUUUUUAAAGCAAGCCACGAUGCUGGGUUCUUAUGACAGACUCAGUUCGCCCUCAGCUUGCUUGGUUGUAGGAAAAGUUGUGAAAGGAGGAACCGGCCUCUUCGAUCUGAAACAGCCGUUAUAGUAAUGGACUGGGAUUGGAGAAUUCAUUUGCUCACUGUUAUGGACUGCAGAAUGACAAUGCAAUAUUUUUUUGUCUAUAACAUCAAUAAAUAUUUUCUUUUGACUUCUU